UUCGUUAUUCAUAAAGAAAGUGGAGAGGUGUGGCAAGAAUUGUUAGUAUUUGACCAUUUAAUUUCAUUUCAGUUUGGUAUAUCUUUAAUUGUGUACGUGUAAUCAAAAGUAUUCUAAAUAUAUUAUAUAAAAUGAGAGGAAUAAUAUUCAUACUUUUUCUGGUGUCCAUGAAUGUCUGUUUGGGGCUGGAAUGCUAUGUGUGUCAAAAUCAAGAAAUAAACCAAGGGAAGUGUGUGAAAACAAUAAAGACCUGUGAGCAGGGUGAAGAUGUUUGUUUGACUGAAAUUAGAUGGGGAAGCACACCGUACUGGCAGCAAGGUGCAUUGAAACAAUUUUACAUCUCGAAAGGUUGUUCAACAAAGGAUAAGUGCCAAAGAUACAGGGAAAGCAACAUGCGCCUGUGCACUAAUAUUUGGUAUGAGGAUUGGAAAUGCUCAGAAUGCUGUAAAGGGGAUAAAUGCAAUUAUUACAUUAUUUCUGGUGCCUUAUCAAAUUCAAUAGGAUUGUGGACAAUCCUUUUCAGUUCAAUUGCAGUUAAAUUUUUAAGAUAAAUACAAUAUAUUGUUUUUAUUGUAAAUAAUAGUUUCUAUAUUUGUGAGGAAGUUACAACUGAACAUCAACUAUGACAUUCUUCAGCUGUCUUGAUGUGUAUAGUCUUAAGACUUAUUACUCUAACAAUCUAUGUUUCACUUAGUAUUAUUUGAUUUAUCAUACGAUGGCAAAUAGUCAGACUAAUGACCAUUUUUAAUAUGUGUUAUUUAAGAACUGCAACCUGUCAAAUAUUAAUAUUGUAAAUAAUUUAAAGUGAUAUUUGUUUUGUACAAAAAAAUCGGAAUCCGUCCAAUGCAUUCCAGAGAGAAUAGUAUUUUUGACAUUU